CACAGAAACAUGAUGAAGAAGGACGUCAAUCUCAACCUGGACACGCAGAGCAGCGAUCUGAAGGCGAACCCUCUGCGCGACUCUGACGUGCUGCUCAACUCGCCGGACUUGGGGCUUCUCAAACUGGCGUCCCCCGACCUGGAGCGUCUCAUCAUCCAGUCCAACGGACUGGCGGGCGCCGCCAACCCGGCAUCUCAGUUCCUUUACCCGAAGUCGGCCAGCGACGAGCAGGAGUUCGCGGAGGGCUUCGUCAAGGCGUUGGAGGACCUGCAUAAGCAGAACCAGCUGAGCGAAGCCGGCUGUGUGUCGGUGGACCGGCUGGAGCUCCUCGGUGCGGCCAACGCGGUGGGCUCGUCCGGGCUCCAGACGACGGAUCUGCCCGUGUAUACCACGCUGAACGGCUACGCCGCCAGCCCACUGGGCGGCACCACCAUCAACUACUCCACCGACACCAUUCCGUUCCCGCCGCCUCCGUCCCACCUCAGCCCGCAGCAGCAGCAACAGCAAGCCGCGGCGACGGCGGCGGCUCUGUCGCGGUUGCAGUCGGCCGGCGGCGCCGUCAAGGACGAGCCGCAGACGGUUCCGGACAUGCAGAGCCUCGGGGAGAGCCCGCCUCUCUCCCCGAUCGACAUGGACAACCAGGAGCGCAUUAAGGCGGAGAGGAAAAAGCUUCGCAACCGGAUAGCUGCUUCCAAGUGCCGCAAAAGGAAACUGGAGAGGAUUUCUCGGCUGGAGGACAAAGUCAAAAGCCUGAAGACGCAGAACACGGAGUUGGCGUCCACGGCCAGCGUGCUAAGGGAGCAGGUGGCCCAGCUCAAGCAGAAGGUGAUGAACCACGUCAGCAGCGGAUGCCAACUUUUACCUAACCAGGUCCAAGCUUACUAA